GAUCUCAAUAGUCCUUACAGAGCGUUAUGAACAGGCGGGCACACAUGGCAUGGUCAGAAAGCGACGAACGAACAGAGGACAUCCACAUGUAGAGAAAGCUGUAUGGCUUCGAUUUGCGAAAACAUCUGCUGCCUUCAUAUACACACACAGGCAUGUGCACACAUACAGAGUGUACAGAUAAAGACGCCCCCCAAUUAAUGCAUCAGUCAAUCAAUCAAAGCGGCCCGGCCACACACACAGCGCAACAAGAAGGAAAGUUGGCCGCCUGUCUGUCUGUCUGUCUGUCUCUUUGUCAGUCGAUGCUGACGAGUUUGAGUGCCAUGUUUUGGUACGACUUGAGCUCGAUCCACAGCGGCCCGCCGCCGCUGUGGCAUGACCAAUACGGAUCGUGGCGGUUGUAAUCCUGACACAUACACACACACGUGUGGCGUGUAGGCAUCGGUGAGGGGUGAGGGCGGCGUUGACGGCCGCUAUGACGGCAGUAGGCAGCUCGUUGAGCACCGCCGCAUGCUCCGUCAGCACCAGCUGGCGCUCACGGCGGUUCUCCUCUGUGGCCGUGGGGAUGGUGUUGAUGUCGGCCCCCGCCCGCAGCAGGCUGCGAUGAUCAGCUUGUACUUGUCACUCCCGGCGCGACACUCCUCCUUGUCGGCCUCGGGCGUCUCCGGGUCCUGCAGCUCUUGGGUGUGGUGAUCGAGCCAUCCGGUAGCUAUGGCGAGGGGCGUUUCGCCGAGGACUGUCCGUCUGUUGAUCUGGUCAGCAGCGGGCAGCUUGCGGCAGAGGGAGUCGGCUACGUAGAGAGAGUCAUGCAAUGCCGCUUCGUGCAGUGGCGUCCAUCCACCGCCGCUGGCUGCCGUCAUGUCGGCCCCGUUCGUCGUGAUAAGGUCGAGGUAGCUGUUGAUGAAGGACUGGGGAUAGUUCCCUUUGGCCCAAACGGCUGCCAGGUGCACCAGGUUUUCAUCGAAACGUCGUUCGGUGGCGAGGGUGGGGUCUCGUGCGAUGACUUCCCGAAACAUCGACAGCAGCACCUCUUGGUAGUCUGGAGGAGGGUCACUCAGGGGACGGGGCAGCGCCAUCACCAUUACUGCGCCGUCUUGUGCAGGCAGGUCGAUGUCGGGGCGGGCCGUCAGCACGUCGAAUGCCGUCUGAUCGCCGGAUGCAAUCGCCCGCCGAAUGGGCCGCACGAGGUCCUCUUCGUCAUCGGCUGUCGCGUUGGGGUCGGCGCCUUGGUUGAUGAGUGCGGCCAGGAUGGCCGACUGCAGCUUGUCAGACGACCAGUGUGGCAGGGCGACGGGACGCUCAUAACCAUCAUCACUUGCAUGGAUGGUCGGGACGGCAUAAUCCGACUUGUUGUCAAUGGCGAGAUGGACCAGCGAGUAGGGAAUGCCAGCACACCCGCUGCCCUUCUGCCGCAGUCGAGGCACCACAUGGGGGUCGGCACCCUGCUCGAUGAGGUCGGUCGCGUGCUGCGGGGCGGAGAUGGUGCGGCCGAUGAUGCCCAGCGUCAGCUCCUUGGUGAGGCUGUCCGUGUCGUGGGGGAAACGAGCCUCGAUGUCAUUGGCUCCCCCGAAGCCGUCAGGCACCUCAACCGUGGUGGCCACCACCACAGGAUGGCCUGCAACACACACACACACAGCCACCACACGACACACACAGUGAAGGAAUGUGUGUGCGGAUCACAUUCUGUCUGUCUGACUGCCUGGCGUACCGUCCUCCUCAUAACCGUCGUCAUAGUCGUCAUAGUCGUCGUCAUCGAUGCCGUCGCCCAGCGGCCCAUCGUCGUUAUCACUGUCGUCCUGCACACCAUCCUGCCGCAACAAACAGGAACAGAGAGGAAACCCGCUGACGCUCGUCGCACGGGGCGGUUGGUGCUGUCAAUGAGUGACUCACCGAUUCGGAUUCGCUAUCAGCUGCCGCCUGUAGACCUUCCUCCUCCUCCUCCUCCUCCUCCUCCUCGGCCAUCUCACCAUCCUCCUCCUCUCGCAACAAAUCUGAAACGAAGACAUUCCAACACAUUCGUCAGCAAAAGCAAGAAUGAGUGUGCUGCUGGCCGCUGAUGUGUUGAUCAGUCUGUGUGGCGUGCUGUUGACUCACCACUGUCAGCGUUCUUGUCGUCUUGCCCGUCUGGCUGCCCGCCACCCUUGUUGUCCUCUUCUCUGUGUGUGGCGUACCUGCGUCGCCACCGUCACAGAGGCGUACCUGCGUCGCCACCUGCACCCACAUGGCCUCUGUGUCCGCAGCAGAGGCCAUGUGGGUGUCUUGACCCUCGGACAUGUCACUCAAACAGACACCAACAGCUGCACCGACCACACACACAGAGAGGCGACAAGAGAUGGGCAGACACCUGCUGCAGGUGUUGUGUGUGUGUUCGCCCACCUAGCUAUGAGUCAAAUGGUACAAUGGCGCUCAAACAAGCCGCCCCGUCACCAAGACCGACCUGCACAACACGACACCGACACACAGAGGCAGCAAGUCACCUGACGACUGGUG